AAAGGUCAUAAUUCGACGCAAUUAGCAGCUAAGAGUUUCCUGUUCUAAAUUUUUUAUGGGAAGUUGAUAUAUUUUCGACGCUAAUGGAUUCCAUCCUUUAUGGUCCAGUGUUGAGUUAUACACCGCUCUCCACCCAAAAAAGGGAAACAUGACGAUACGUGUUCCUGAUGUAACUUGACAGGAUUUCUGGGUAGAACUUGCAACGACUUUACAGGAAUUCACACUCAAUUACCACUACUAAACUGAGGGAUGAUGAUGACUUUCAAGCACUGUGUCAUUUGUGUCUCCUUCCACUUCCUUGUGACAUUGCCUGGAAAUUGGGUGAGAAGUGAAUUGCAGAAGUGCUGUCCGGGCCAGGACCAGUAUGGAGUUCAUGAUCGAGAAACAGGUGUGACCAAGUGUCAUGUUCAUGACACCAAUCAGACGAUUGGACUGCCAGAGUGCAAGGAAAAGGUCAAACUAGUGCUAGACCAACCUGACCCUAUCCUCCUUGCCACCACUCCUCGUUGCCGUGAUGAAUUCCUUGAGGAGGACGGAACCUUCAUCAACGCUUUCCUCUUCUGCCUCUCCGGGUUUGGAACUGAUCCUGCUCCAGACCCAAAGCAAGACGGGACGAACAUCGUCCUCCGCAAAUGCUGUCCCUUGGAAGAAGGCUAUGACCCGCUCCAGAAAAAAUGCGUCCCCCGUCCCUUCUCCUGGUCGCUCCCGGUAUUAAACCCAGAGACAGGGGAGAUUCGGAAUCUGUCUUCAGAUGAAUAUCAACUCACUAUCGACGACCUAUCUUCCAUUCCUUGUAAAAAAUACUUACUGUCUCCCCAAAAAGAUAUUAGGGAGGCGUAUCAUGUGUUUCAUGACACGGGACACCUCUACCUCCCAGCCUUAAAUUUCACAUAUUCUCCUGAAGAGUUCUGCCUCGAUCACGGUCGUAUCCAAAAUGGAUCUUGGGUCGAUCUAGCUCGCAUCUGCGACCCUAAAUACAAGAAGAUUCUCAAGAACUGCAAAGGAAAGGUUUGUGUUCAAAAAUGCUGUGUCAAGACGGAUAUCUUGCACUUGUCCGAUGAGGGACAACCCUCAUGCUACCCAGCUGAUAGCCUCUGGGAUUCUAAGAAACAUUUCCAUCCUCAUCCUCCUGCAGAAGUCCACGUGAUCACGAAUUUCCCCAUAUGUCCCGGAAUAACGGAUGUGGGAAUCCUAUUAAGGCCAAGCAAUGUCUCGAAGGAUAAAUUCUAUGUGACAAAUACUGGAGGGUUGAUGGUGAAGAAAUACAAGAUGGUCGUUAAUGUCCCCAGCUAUUGCAUCGAUGAUAUGAAGACCAACGAGACAGUCGAGCCCAUUGCUAUUUUCUGCAUCCCUGAAGGCUCAAAUGUCAUUCAAAUGAUUUACUCCGUACUUCUCGUCGUGUCGGCAACGUUCCUGUUCAUCACAUUUCUCCUUUAUCUGAUUUUGCCCGAACGGAAAAGCCUCCAUGGGAAGACUCUUCUUUGUUACAUGGGCUGCCUACUGGUGGCCAGCAUUGCCCAAUCAGUCGCACGGAUUGGCUCCGACAAGGACAUCUCUUAUUCUGUCUGCCUCACUGCCGCUUUGAUGACUUUCUACUUCUACCUCUCCACAUUCUUCUGGCUCAAUAUCAUCAGCUUCGACAUCUGGUGGAACCUCAGGGACCUGAAAGACCACACGUCCAGUCGAGAGCACCAGAGAAAGAUGCUUAUCCGUUACAGCUUGUAUGGAUUUGGAGUACCAUUGUGCAUCGUUUCGAUAGCCUGGAUUUUGGACCGCGCACCAAAUAUUCCACCGUACAUCAUCAAGCCGGGAUUCGAUCCGGAAACAAGAUGCUGGCUAAAUGAUGAUGCUGGAAUCGUUUUAUACUUUUAUGCACCUGUCAGCAUACUCCUGGUCGCUAAUGCCAUUUUCUUUGCCCUCACAAGUCGCUUCUUGAUUCAGCAUUCUAGGGAUACUGCUCAUCUGAACCGGAGCCAAAGCCAGACUCAGAAACAAAAGUUUAUGGUGUACAUGAAGCUGUUUAUACUGAUGGGAGUGAGUUGGCUCACAGAGGUCAUCACCUACUUCAUCGGGGAGCCAAUAGAAGCUUUCGUCUUCACAGACGCUAUCAACAUCCUACAAGGAGUUUUCAUCUUCUUCAUCUUCAUUUGCAAAACGAAAACGAUCAAAUACCUGAAGAAAAAUGUUUGCAAAUGUUUCUUCCGACAUGGCAAAAUGAAUGUUUCGCUAAGGAGGAAGUCGAAAUCAAGAGGAAGAGGAAGCAUUCAGCAUUUAGCUCCAACAUCUCCAAUCGAUUCGAAAAAUCCCGACCAUGGCAUGAGCUAUUACAACUCCAAGUUUGACAGCAAUGAAAAUUCAGAAUCCUCUUCAAGUGCCCCUGACAAAAGUGUCAGCAACCGCACCAAGAGCACUAACGUUUCGGAGACGUCCACUUGAAAGAAGAGACGCCAUUUUCUGACAUCUGACAGGAUAUUCAUCUCAUUAUUUCAAUUUUAAAAGUGUAUUAUGUGAUGGGUAUAAGAAUAAAAGCUUUCAU